GAUGAAGUAGCUGCAACAGCAGCAGUCGAUCAACAGAGCAACAACAGCGUCUGUACCGCGGGAUCCGGAGCUUUUUUGUUCAGGGGGGACAGGUGACCGAGCACCCCGACCGACACUCAGCCGCCUCAACGUGCAUCGGUGGAGAUUUACUGCUGUUUCACCCCCCCCUUCACACCGCACUCCCUCCGAUUGCCACAGUAGAUGUUACUCAACUACAUGCAUUUCGAUCUGCUCAUCUAAAGCCCGCUCCACCAAGAUGGAAAAUGCGCACACUAAAUCGGCGACUGAAGUUUUAGACAACUUCGGUGUGAACGAAAACACUGGGCUGACUCUGGAACAAGUCAAAGUCAAUUUAGAGAGAUAUGGAGCGAACGAGCUCCCAGCUGAAGAAGGAAAGUCCCUGUGGGAGCUGGUGGUGGAGCAGUUUGAAGACCUCCUGGUCAGGAUCCUGCUGCUAGCUGCCUGUGUCUCCUUUGUGUUGGCUCUGUUUGAGGAGGGAGAGGAGACAACUACCGCCUUUGUUGAGCCUAUUGUUAUUCUUCUUAUCCUCAUCGCCAACGCUGUUAUCGGGGUCUGGCAGGAGAGGAACGCUGAGAAUGCCAUUGAGGCUCUGAAGGAGUACGAACCAGAGAUGGGAAAGGUGUACCGCAUGAACCGCAAGGCUGUCCAGAGGAUCAAAGCCAGAGACAUCGUCCCUGGAGACAUCGUGGAGGUGGCAGUCGGUGACAAGGUACCUGCUGACAUCAGAGUGACCUCUAUAAAGUCCACCACCCUGCGAGUUGACCAGUCCAUCCUCACAGGGGAGUCUGUGUCCAUCAUCAAACACACUGACCCUGUUCCUGACCCCAGAGCUGUCAACCAAGACAAGAAGAACAUGCUGUUUUCUGGCACCAACAUCGCUGCCGGCCGCGCCAUAGGUGUGGUGGUCGCUACCGGCGUUUCCACGGAGAUCGGUAAGAUCCGUAAUCAGAUGGCAGCGACGGAACAAGAGAAGACGCCGCUGCAGCAGAAGCUGGACGAGUUCGGCCAGCAGCUCUCUAAGGUCAUCUCCCUCAUCUGUGUGGCUGUGUGGGUCAUCAACAUCGGCCACUUCGGAGACCCCGUCCACGGCGGCUCUUGGGUCAGAGGAGCCAUCUAUUACUUCAAAAUCGCCGUGGCCCUGGCUGUGGCCGCCAUCCCCGAGGGCCUGCCCGCCGUCAUCACCACCUGCCUGGCCCUCGGCACGCGGCGCAUGGCCAAGAAGAACGCCAUCGUUCGCAGCCUGCCGUCGGUAGAGACGCUGGGCUGCACCUCCGUUAUCUGCUCCGACAAGACGGGCACCCUCACCACCAACCAGAUGUCCGUCUGCAGAAUGUUUGUUGCAGAUAAGGCAGAUGAUUCAAGCUGCAGCCUGCAUGAGUUCUCUAUAACUGGUUCCACAUACGCCCCAGAGGGACAAAUACUAAAAGGAGAAAGACCCGUCCAGUGUGGAGACUUUGACGGACUUCUGGAGUUGGCCACUGUGUGCUCCAUGUGCAAUGACUCGUCUCUGGACUACAAUGAGGCCAAAGGAGUUUAUGAGAAAGUGGGUGAAGCAACAGAGACAGCUCUCACCACACUGGUGGAGAAGAUGAACGUCUUCAAGACUGACCUAUCUGGACUCAGCAAGGUGGAACGUGCCGGCGCCUGCAACUCGGUGAUCAAGCAGUUAAUGAAGAAGGAGUUCACCCUGGAGUUCUCUCGUGACCGCAAGUCCAUGUCUGUGUACUGCACCCCCGUCAAGCCGGGCUCCCAGAGCAAGAUGUUCAUCAAGGGCGCUCCAGAGAGCGUGAUUGAGCGCUGUCAGUACCUGCGGGUGGGGACGGGGAAGGUGACGCUGACCACAGCCGUGCGUGAUCAGCUGCUGUCUAAGAUCAGAGACUACGGGACGGGCCGGGACACGCUGCGCUGCCUGGCCCUGGCCACGCUGGACGUCCCGCCACGCAAAGAGGACAUGGACUUGGAGAAUUCCACCAAGUUUGUAGAAUAUGAGCGUGGUCUGACAUUUGUUGGCUGCGUGGGCAUGCUCGACCCGCCCAGGAAGGAGGUGAUCGGUUCAGUGAAACUGUGCAACGAGGCAGGUAUACGUGUCAUCAUGAUCACCGGGGACAACAAGGGCACAGCUGUGGCCAUCUGCAGACGAAUCGGCAUCUUCGGCGAGGACGAGGACGUGACGGGAAAAGCCUACACGGGCCGCGAGUUCGAUGAUCUCCCGUCGGAUGCCCAGAGAGAAGCCGUGAAGCGGGCGCGUUGCUUCGCCCGCGUCGAGCCAGCGCACAAGUCUAAGAUCGUUGGAUACUUGCAGUCAUUCGAUGAGAUCACUGCCAUGACUGGAGACGGUGUGAACGACGCCCCGGCCCUGAAGAAAGCAGAGAUCGGCAUCGCCAUGGGUUCUGGCACAGCUGUGGCCAAGUCGGCGUCCGAGAUGGUGCUGUCUGAUGAUAACUUCUCCACCAUAGUGGCUGCUGUGGAGGAGGGCAGAGCCAUCUACAACAACAUGAAGCAGUUCAUCAGAUACCUCAUCUCCUCCAAUGUUGGAGAAGUGGUCUGCAUCUUCCUGACAGCCAUUCUGGGUCUCCCCGAGGCUUUGAUCCCCGUCCAGCUGCUCUGGGUCAACCUGGUGACCGAUGGCCUGCCUGCCACCGCCCUGGGCUUCAACCCCCCAGACCUGGACAUCAUGGACAAACCCCCCCGCAACCCCAAGGAGCCCCUCAUCUCCGGCUGGCUCUUCUUCAGAUACCUGGCCAUCGGAGGAUAUGUGGGUCUUGGAACAGUGGGUGCUGCCACGUGGUGGUACCUGUUUGAUGAAGAAGGCCCACAAGUGUCGUUCUACCAGCUGAGACACUUCAUGCAGUGUACCGAGGACAACCCGGUGUUCAAGGGUAUAGAAUGUGAUGUGUUUGAGUCCCGCUACCCAACAACCAUGGCCCUGUCUGUGCUGGUCACCAUCGAAAUGUUCAACGCACUCAACAGUUUGUCUGAGAACCAGUCCCUGGUCAGGAUGCCUCCCUGGGUUAAUAUCUGGCUGCUGGGAGCCAUCAUCCUCUCCCUCUCCCUGCACUUCUUAAUCCUCUAUGUUGAGCCUCUGCCGCUGAUCUUCCAGGUAACCCCCCUGCACUGGUCCCAGUGGAUCGUGGUCCUGAAGAUUUCCAUCCCAGUUAUCCUCCUGGACGAGGCAUUGAAAUAUAUCUCCAGGAACCAUCUAGAAGCCUAAACUCUUUUUAUGUCACCUUCUGUGAAAAGGUGAUGAGGAGAAGAAAUAUCGGAGGAGAUGGCAGCUGAAAUAAGACCUCUCCCUCAACACACUCCCACACUUAGACACGCCUACCCUCUUCCCUUUAACAGCUAGAAACCUUUUCUCUCCCCUGUCCUCAUUCCCCACUCCUGCAUGUCCAACAAACCACCACUAGAAAUGAGCAGGGCUUGCAUGAGAACAAGUGUGCAAGAAAGAGAGCAUGCGUGUUCCCGCGAGCAUGGCUUCGUACGAGUGUGUGAGUGAAUGAAACUGUGUGUGUGUGUGUGUUUGUGUGUGUGUGAGGAGGCAGACGCAGGCCUGUCUUUAUAGUUGCGAGAGCGAGAAACAACUGCAGAAAAAAAAGAAAAAAACACAAGAUAAAACUGCCCAGGGCUCUGCUUUUUAAAGAUAUCUGCUCAUUGGUUUCCUGACUGUACAGUACAAACAUAGUGGUGCAGUAACCGGACUUUGGGAGGGAAGGAGAGGGAGGACAGGGGAGCGGAGGUGGAGAAUAGUGGGUGGGAGGGGAGGGGAGGGGGAUUGGAAAUCGGCACAGAGACCGAAAGAGAGAUGGAGAGGCCUGCCGUGGAGAAGAGACUGGUGUACACACUGGCAAAAGAAGAGCAUCAGCAAGAAUGUGGAAGGCGAAAACAGGCGGCUCUCGACGCGGUGCGACCAGCGUGGAGAGCCGUUGUUUCUGUGUGUGUCCGCAAAAACUUUAUCUGGAGGUACCGCCCAGGCUCCUGCCUGCCACCCACACUACUGGCAGUGAGCUCCAGCCAGCUCUGCAGGAGCGAGGCCUGAUCAGCACAACACAAUUAUUUCUCUGGCCAGUUUGUCACAGUGCUGCUCCUUCAUCGCUCUUUGUCCUCCAGCUCCUGUUGAUCGUGUUUUAUGCAGAAUUACUCUCCUUUUGCCUGUCCUUCUCCUUCUCCUUCUCCUUCUCCUUCUCCUUCUCCUUCUCUCUCUCUUUCUCUCUGUCUCUCUUUCUCACUCUGUGUCGAGGAGGCAGCUGUGGGCCCGGGGGGGUCGGCGCAUUAUCGGGCUCUAGAGUGGGGUUGUUGGGAUGUUGCUCCACCUAAAGGUGUGAAUAGCUUUACGCCGCUUGGCCGCUUCCUUCGGCUCUUUAAUUUGAGGGGCUGAGGUCAGCUCACAGACUUGGUAAACAUCUUUAAAAAAAAAAAAGGUAACACUUUCUAUAAAACCCCAUGUCUUUAAUGUAUCACAAUGAGUUAUAA